AUAUAGAUGAGUGUGAACGCAACCCUCUGCUGUGCAGGGGUGGCACCUGUGUGAACACUGAGGGGAGCUUUCGGUGUGACUGUCCCCUGGGCCAUGAGCUGUCACCAUCACAGGAGGAAUGCUUAGAUGUAAAUGAGUGUUCACUGAGUGACAGUCUCUGCAGAAAUGGCAAGUGUGUGAACAUGGUUGGGACGUAUCAGUGCUUCUGUGACUCUGGGUACCAGCCCACUCCUGACAGACAGGGAUGCACAGAUAUUGAUGAGUGUAUGAUAAUGAAUGGAGGCUGUGACACCCACUGCACUAAUUCAGAAGGCAGCUAUGAGUGCAGCUGCAGUGAUGGCUAUGCUCUGAUGCCAGAUGUCAGGACAUGUGCAGAUAUUGAUGAAUGUGAAAACAACCCAGAUAUCUGUGAUGGUGGGCAGUGUACCAAUAUCCCAGGGGAAUAUCGCUGUCUCUGUUACGAUGGAUUUAUGGUUUCUAUAGACAUGAAAGCUUGUGUUGAUGUGAAUGAAUGUGAUUUGAAUUCCAACAUCUGCAUGUUUGGGGAGUGUGAAAACACCAAAGGCUCCUUCAUUUGUCACUGUCAAGUUGGGUAUUCAGUCAAGAAAGGAACCACAGGGUGCACAGAUGUGAAUGAAUGUGAAAUUGGAGCUCACAACUGUGACAUGCAUGCCUCCUGUGUCAAUGUGCCAGGAAGUUUUAAAUGUACCUGCAAAGAAGGUUGGGUUGGAAAUGGCAUUAAGUGUAUUGAUCUUGAUGAAUGCUCCAAUGGGACCCAGCGGUGCAGUGCCAACGCCCAGUGUGUGAACAGCCCGGGCUCCUACCACUGUGCCUGUGCAGAAGGAUUCACUGGAGAUGGCUUUACCUGCUCUGAUGUUGAUGAGUGUGCAGAGAAUGUCGACCUGUGUGAAAAUGGGCAGUGCCUGAACGCCCCCGGCGCCUUUCGCUGUGAGUGUGAGAUGGGGUUCACUCCUGCCUCUGACAGCAAGUCCUGCCAAGACACGGAUGAAUGCUCCUUCCAGAAUAUUUGUGUGUUUGGCACCUGCAAUAAUCUCCCAGGAAUGUUUCGAUGUAUUUGUGAUGAUGGCUAUGAACUGGAUAGAACUGGGGGAAAUUGUACAGAUAUUGAUGAAUGUGCUGAUCCUAUUAAUUGUGUUAAUGGUCUUUGUGUAAACACUCCUGGAAGAUACGAAUGUAAUUGUCCUCCGGACUUCCAGCUGAAUCCUACUGGAGUGGGUUGUGUGGAUAACCGUGUGGGCAGCUGCUACCUGAAGUUUGGACCAAGAGGGGAUGGGGGCCUGUCCUGUAACACUGAGAUUGGGGUUGGAGUCUCUCGUUCCUCCUGCUGCUGCUCGCUGGGAAAGGCUUGGGGGAACCCCUGUGAGACCUGUCCCCCCGUCAACAGCACUGAAUACAAUACUCUCUGUCCAGGGGGAGAAGGAUUCAGACCAAAUCCCAUCACUAUUAUUUUAGAAGACAUUGAUGAAUGUCAGGAGCUGCCAGGUCUCUGCCAAGGUGGAAAUUGCAUCAACACUUUUGGCAGCUUCCAGUGUGAAUGCCCAAAAGGUUACUACCUCAGUGAAGAGACAAGAAUCUGUGAAGAUAUUGAUGAGUGUGUUGCACACCCUGGUGUCUGUGGUCCUGGCACCUGCUACAACACCCUGGGGAACUACACCUGCAUUUGCCCACUUGAAUAUAUGCAGGUGAAUGGAGGACACAACUGCAUGGACAUGAGGAAAAGCUUUUGCUACAGGAGCUAUAAUGGAACCUCCUGUGAGAAUGAACUUCCCUUCAAUGUGACCAAAAGGAUGUGCUGCUGCACAUACAAUAUUGGGAAAGCCUGGAACAAACCUUGUGAGCCAUGUCCAACUCCAGGAACAGUUGAAUUCAAGAGCCUGUGUGGAAAUAUUCCUGGCUUCACUUUUGACAUCCACACUGGAAAAGCUGUUGACAUUGAUGAAUGUAAGGAAAUCCCAGGAAUCUGUGCCAAUGGAGUUUGCAUCAAUCAGAUUGGCAGCUUCCGCUGUGAGUGCCCCACUGGAUUCAGCUACAAUGACCUGCUCCUGGUCUGUGAAGAUAUUGAUGAGUGCAGCAAUGGGGAUAACCUCUGCCAGAGAAAUGCUGACUGCAUCAACAGCCCUGGGAGCUACCGCUGUGAAUGUGCUGCUGGCUUUAAACUGUCCCCCAACGGUGCCUGCGUGGAUCGCAAUGAAUGUCUGGAAAUUCCUAAUGUUUGCAGUCAUGGUCUGUGUGUGGACAUGCAGGGAAGCUACCAGUGUGUGUGUCACAAUGGCUUCAAGGCAUCCCAGGAUCAGACUAUGUGCAUGGAUGUUGAUGAGUGUGAGCAGUAUCCAUGUGGAAAUGGAACCUGCAAGAACACAGUUGGAUCAUACAACUGCCUGUGUUAUCCAGGAUUUGAAUUAACUCGUAAUAAUGAUUGUGUGGAUAUUGAUGAGUGCAGUUCCUUCGGUCAAGUGUGCAGAAAUGGACGGUGUUUCAAUGAAAUUGGUUCUUUCAAAUGUUUGUGUAAUGAAGGAUACGAGCUUACUCUGGAUGGCAAGAAUUGUGUUGAUACCAACGAGUGUGUGGCACUGCCUGGGUCGUGCUCUCCUGGUACCUGCCAAAAUUUGGAAGGAUCAUUCAGGUGCAUCUGUCCACCAGGAUAUGAAGUAAAAAGCGAAAGUUGUAUUGAUAUUAACGAGUGUAACGAGGAUCCCAACAUCUGCCUCUUUGGGUCCUGUACGAACACCCCAGGAGGUUUCCAGUGCAUCUGUCCCACGGGUUUUGUGCUGUCUGAUAACGGGCGGAGGUGCUUUGAUACCCGUCAGAGCUUCUGUUUCACCAACUUUGAGAAUGGGAAGUGCUCAGUGCCAAAGGCUUUCAACACCUCAAAAGCCAAGUGUUGCUGCAGUAAAAUGCCAGGAGAAGGAUGGGGUGAUCCUUGUGAGCUCUGUCCAAAGGAAGAAGAAGUUGCUUUUCAGGACCUGUGCCCAUAUGGUCAUGGAACUAUUCCUGGAAUUGAUGAUACACGUGAAGAUGUCAAUGAAUGUCUUGAAAGCCCAGGAAUUUGCUCCAAUGGUCACUGCAUCAAUACUGAUGGAUCAUUCCGCUGCGAGUGCCCCAUGGGGUACAACUUGGAUUUCACAGGAGUGCAUUGCAUAGAUACAGAUGAAUGUUCCAUUGGCAACCCCUGUGGAAACGGGACGUGCUCUAACGUGGUUGGCAGCUUUGAGUGCAGCUGUCAUGAAGGAUUUGAGCCAGGCCCAAUGAUGAAUUGUGAAGACAUCAAUGAGUGUGCUCAGAACCCCCUGCUGUGUGCUUUUCGUUGUAUCAACACUUACGGUUUCUAUGAGUGCACCUGCCCAGUGGGAUAUGAACUGAGGGAAGACCAAAAAAUGUGCAAAGAUCUGGAUGAGUGUGCUGAAGGUCUCCAUGACUGUGAAUCAAGAGGCAUGAUUUGCAAAAAUCUGAUUGGUACCUUUGUGUGCAUUUGUCCUCCUGGGAUGACACAGAGACCUGAUGGAGAAGGAUGCACAGAUGAAAACGAGUGCCGCUCCAAGCCAGGUGUCUGUGAAAAUGGUCGUUGUGUCAAUGUUGUUGGGAGCUACAGAUGUGAAUGUAAUGAAGGAUUCCUGUCAAGUCCAUCAGGCAUUGAAUGUCUUGGUAAAUAGCUCUGUACCCAUUUCAUUUCAUAGAGCAUAA